CUGAUGGCAGUCAGGUGGGCGAACCGGAGUCGGUAAGGCAAGCGCUGGCAAUGCGGCUCGCGCACGUGCUGGACGCACACACGUCGGGCGGCGACGUGGCGGCGAGUGUGCAGCGGCGGUUGCAGGAGAGCCAGCAGCCAGGCGGUGACACGCCAGCGGCCAGCGACUACGUGGCGGAUUUCACUCUGGCACCACACGGGCUAUUGGGCGACACGGCGGUGGGCGAUGCGGUGCCGCCGGUGCUGGGGAUCAGCUCGACGAUCCCAGUGAACGACGAGCCGUUCGGAGAUGCGUUCAGCAGCCAUCUGUCGCAGGCGGCGACUGGCGCGUGGCGGCACCGGCCCAAUAUGCGGUUCUGCUGGGCACUGGUAUUGCAGCCAGGCGCCGUGCGUGUCUGUCUGCUGGAGAGCGACGCAAUCCACGUGUCGGCUGAGAUGGAUCUGGCGACUGUGGAUGGGCGGCGUGCACUGGCAAAUCUGUAUGCAGGCAUGUGUGUCAGCGAGCCGUGGCGGCUCGGCGCUGACCCAACGAUGGCGUGGCGCAGCGAGCUGGGCCGGUGGGAGAUUGCGUGUGGUGACGAGGUCGGCGGCGUGCGGUCGUACUUUGGCCGCGCGACGCGGUGCUUCCGCGUAUCGCUGGAGCCGCAAGGGAAGCUGGAUCACGUGCUCAAGGACAGCUGGCAGCUGGCGCCCUCUGGCGCUGCAGACCGACGACCGCCCGACGAGAUCGACGUUCUGCGGACGAUCCGCAUCAAGCUGGAGGCUGCGCAGUCGGACGUGACGUACCCACGGCUGGUAUGCGGCGGCACCGUGCAUAUCGCAACCGUUGAUGACAGCGACAUGACAGACACGUCAGCGCUGAUCCUGGGCCCGUUCGCCCAGUACAGUCGGUGGACGGUGCCACACGGACACCAUGGCGAUCGGCGGCAGUUCCACCGCGAGCACCGGCGUAUGGUGACAACGCCGAUCGGACUACCGAUUGCCAGGCUGGACAAGGAGCACGAGGUGGUGGCGGUGUUGGCUGAUGCCAUGCGCGCGCACACGGAGAUCUCGCGGCGGUGCGGGAUUCUACACCGUGACAUUUCGCUGAACAACAUUUUGGCAGUGCGGCUGCCAGGCGGCCGGCUGCGCGGCAUGCUGAUCGAUUAUGACCACGCAAUCGAGGCUGCUGCCGCCAGCAACACUGCGCGACCCGGCCAUGUGGGCACCGGACCCUUCAUGAGCAUUGCCAAUCUCGAGGGCCUGCAUGUGCCGCGCACCGCAGCUGAUGACUGGGAAUCGCUGCUGUGUCUGCUGUUCUGCCUGGCCGCCCGUCGGGAACAGUCGCUGGAGGACAUGGCGCGCGAUUUCAUGCACGUGAGCCGUCGCGGUGUGGCCGAGCUCAAGCGUCACGUGUUUGCGUCGCCAGCGCGCCUGGAGAGCGCUAUCCGCCGGUACCUGGAUCCUGGGUUCGCCCACGUAGUCCGCCUGAUCCGAGCCCUGUACACUGCCAUUUUCCAGCACCCGCAAUGCCAUGGCACCGCGCAGAUUGGCCUGAGCAGCACCCGCACCAUUGAUCCGAUCAAGCGCCGCGCCAUGUAUGCCGGCGAAAUCCAGAUCCGGUGCAUGCGCGCAAUGGAGGCUGCCGCUGCCGACAUCGCCAAUAUCCAGGCUCUGCACGAGCAUCUGGCUGGCACCCCGCAGCCGCAGCCGCCAGCCACGUCGCUGUGCUCGCAGUCCACCGCCCAGUCGACUGCCGAGUCCAUGGCCAGUACUCUGCCGCCGCCUCCGCAGUCGCUGUCGCUGGCUGACAAGCCGCCUGUCAAGGACAUUGCGCGCGCAAUCAUGCACAUGAACAUGCGCAGGAACAAGCGCAAGGCCGAUGUGUCCGGCUGCUACCAGCAGUCGCCCAAGCAAAAGCGCCGCCGUCUGAGCACGUUCAGCGACGUCAGCAUGCAGUCAGCUAUUCGUGAGGACGACGAGUGGCCGUCGCCGUCGCUGGGAAAGCGCUCAAGAGCCAUGCGCGAUUUGCCUGAGGACCCCGAGUCGCCGUGUCCGAGCAAGCGUCUGUGCUUUGAGUGAUUUUUAUGUACAUAUUAUUUCUUUACCCCACUCAUUAUCUCGAGUAUGCGAUUUGAACCAAUUUCGCACACAAUAUCGACUACGUAAACUGC